AUGAUCUGCCGAACCUGCCUCCGCGCAGCCUCCCGCGCACGAAUACCGCCCCCGCCAUCUACACGCGCCUUCUCCUCCGCCGCAACCCUCCGCAACGCGACCCCCGUCUCCGCCGCAAGCACGCCCGCACCCCGACAAGGCUCCUCCGCAUCAUCGCACACCCCCCCUGCGGCCACAUCUACCUCCGCCGCGCAGCCUUUCAGCGAACCUAUAACGCCUGCGGCGAAGAAAGAUGCCGCGCCGCCAGCAGAGAAGAAGGCGCCGCUAGUGCGCAGCUCCGUGGCAGCAGGGACGCCGCUCAAGGGGUUGAACUUCCUGAAAGACAGACAGGAUCCUGUUGCGAUGGCGGACGAGGAGUACCCGGAGUGGUUGUGGAGUAUACUAGAGAGGCAGGAGAAGAAGGGGGAGAGCGGUGCGGCGGGAGAUUUGUUCUCGAAAUCGAAGAAACAGCGUCGGUUGGCUGCGAAGCGCCUCCGCAAGGAACAGCUUGCGAACCCGGGGAUGCUCGUUCCGAAGGUGCCUAUAUAUGAGCAGACGAUCGACCUUCCCUCGGGAGAUGGCACGGUAGAAGGUGCGGUCCAGGCGGGCGAGGCGAGAGGAGAGUUGACGAAGGCGAUGAGGGAUAAGAGGAGGGCGGGGAUCAAGGAGAGGAAUUUCUUGAAGGCGAUGGGUUAG